AUGCUUCAUAUCAUUGGAAUCGGACUCUCAGAUGAAACAGACAUCACCGUGAAAGGCCUAGAUAUUGUGCGUCGAGUGGAUCGAGUCUACCUGGAAGCGUACACUAGUAUUCUUCUCGUAGAUAGAUGCGUUCUCGAAAAUUUCUACGGGCGGGAUGUCAUUAUUGCUGAUCGAGAAAUGGUUGAGUGCGACGACAAUCAAAUAUUGCAAGAUGCCAAGACCCUCGACGUAGCAUUCCUCGUUGUAGGAGAUCCUUUUGGCGCUACCACUCAUACAGAUCUUGUUCUACGCGCACGCAAGCUCAAUAUUCGUGUCUCGUCUGUUCCGAAUGCGAGUAUUUUGUCUGCAAUAGGUGCUACUGGUCUACAGCUCUACAAUUUCGGACAGACUGUAUCGAUGGUAUUUUUUACGGAAACGUGGAUGCCGGCUUCAUUUUACGAUCGUAUCAAAGAAAAUCGUGAUUCGGGACUACACACUUUAGUUCUUCUAGACAUCAAAGUCAAGGAACAGAGCCUAGAAAACAUGGCAAGAGGUCGUAAAAUAUACGAAGAACCAAGAUACAUGACUGUGAGCCAAUGCGCACUUCAGAUGCUCGCGAUUGACGAGAAGAAAACUGUUAUCGGGGAAGGUGGGAUUUACAACGAGGAAAGCCUCGCCGUCGGUGCGGCUAGGGUUGGAUCUAAGACAGAAAAAUUUAUAUGUGGAACCUUGAAACAGCUUUGUCAUGUAGAUGAGGCACUCGGAAAGCCAUUACACAGUCUUGUGUUACUCGGGCAAAGAACUCACGAAUUGGAAUGUGAAUAUCUCAAGGAGUUUGCUGUUGAUCAAGACGAGUGGGUAAAAAUAUGGACCAGAGAUUAUUCCGGGAAAUCGUAA